GCACGGUGCCGUCCAUCGUGUCUUUACCCAACAAAUACAAGAGCACAGGCUGUUUCCAGCCCAAAGGAUGGUGAGAGCCUGAGCCAAAGCCGUGGGCCAGCCAAGAGGAAGAAGAAGCAGAGGAGGAACCGCACCACCUUCAACAGCAGCCAGCUGCAAGCUCUGGAGAGGGUCUUUGAGAGGACGCACUACCCCGACGCCUUCGUGCGGGAGGAGCUGGCAAGAAGGGUUAACCUAAGUGAGGCAAGAGUCCAGGUCUGGUUUCAGAACCGGAGGGCAAAGUUUCGCCGUAAUGAGAGGGCGAUGCUGGCCAACAGGUCGGCAUCUCUCCUCAAAUCCUACAGCCAAGAAGCAGCCAUUGAGCAGCCCAUGGCGCCACGGCCAACUGCGCUGACCCCGGAGUACCUCUCCUGGACCAGCACCUCCCCGUACAGCACUGUGCCCUCCUACAGCUCCAGUGGGACCGCGACACCCACUCAAGGGGUGAACAUGGCCAACAGCAUUGCCAGCCUGCGUCUCAAAGCCAAAGAGUUCAGUCUCCAUCAGAACCAGGUGCCGACUGUGAACUGACAAGGGCAAAGCCCACCCUGUGGCCUCAUCCAGGAGCUCCUGUGCCGGUCUAGGACGAAUCCGUUGCCCGCGCAGCCCACAAGCCACUAUGUCUAACGUCUCAGCACCUCUUCUCUCCUCUUCCCUUUUGAAGGUAGAGUCAGUCCCAGGCCGAAGUGGCACAUAAUUAUAGCCACAUAUGGAGCAAACUUGGUUAGAAACUUGCUUUUCCGCACACCCUUAUAAUAAAGGCUAUAUAUACACACACAUACCCCCCACGCGCUCUUCAAGGACAAACAGACUUGCCAAGGGAACAAGAAUUUGCUUCCAAACAUGGAAGGAUCUUGGACUAUUGGAUUUGACCAAUUUGG